CUAGUUGGCAGAGCUCUCCCCGGAUGGAAGCUCCGGCCGCAGAGUGAUGGUGGCGGCAGCGAAGAUGGGCCGGGCGGGGACCAUGGCGGUGGCAGCAGAGGUGGCAGGGGCGGGGCGGCUGAUGGUGGAGGAGGCUCUGGUCUUCGGGGGGCUGUAGGUGGAGGAAUGGCUCGGGCCGGCAGCGGGAACAGCAGCGAGGAGGCCUGGGGAGCACUUCGGGUGCCGCAACAGCAGCUUCGAGAGCUAUGCCCAGGAGUGAACAACCAGCCCUACCUCUGUGAGAGUGGUCACUGCUGCGGGGAGACCGGCUGCUGCACCUAUUACUAUGAGCUCUGGUGGUUCUGGCUGCUCUGGACUGUCCUCAUCCUUUUUAGCUGCUGCUGUGCCUUCCGGCAUCGACGGGCUAAACUCCGUCUACAGCAACAGCAGCGGCAGCGUGAGAUCAACUUGUUGGCCUACCACGGGGCAUGCCAUGGGGCUGGUCCUGUCCCUACUGGUUCACUUCUCGACCUCCGCCUCCUCAGCACCUUUAAGCCCCCAGCCUAUGAAGACGUGGUUCACCGCCCAGGCACUCCACCGCCUCCUUACACUGUGGCUCCAGGCUGCCCCUUGACUACUUCCAGCGAAUGCACCUGCAGUUCCUCCGCAUCUGCCUGCCCUGCCCAGCUCGAGGGAACAAACAUGGAAGGUGUUUCCUCCCACCAGACUGCCCCCCAUCAGGAGGAUGAGCCUGGGGCAGGGGUGAACCCUGCCUCUACACCCCCUUCCUGUCGCUAUCGCCGCCUGACUGGUGACUCGGGUAUUGAGCUCUGUCCUUGUCCUGACUCCAGUGAGGGAGAGCCAGUCAAGGAGACUAGGGCGAGUGUCACCCUGCCAGACGUGGAGGGCCAUCCCCUUUGUGCACUGCCCCUGGACCCCAUCCCCCAGGUCUCUUCUGUGGAGUUGGCUUCCAAUGAGGCAGCUAUCCCAUAAGUAGUUUGGGGAAGGUGGGUGGGUUACUUGCCUACCAGAAAGAGCCCUGAUCCCAAUGUCUUGAGUUCUUGGCCUUUCUCUGCUCUCCUAGAAUCUGUUUGAAAGGGCUGAAGCCCCAAGGAGAGGGGCAGUGUUUGGGGGAUAGUGCUAGCUAGCUCAGCCCCCCCAAAAAUACACAGGAGCCUUUGAUCUCAUUAAAGAGAUGUGAACCAGCUA